AUGGACUGGUACGAAGUUCAAUUAUCAUCAAGCAAUGAUAGAAGAGAAAGGAAAAUGGAAAGGAAAAGGAAGAGAGUAAGAGAAGAUUCUCCUCCUCCUCCGUUUACAGUGGCGAUCGAACCGAUCUGGAAGAAGGUGGAGACUCCAUUGUGGAGCUGCUGUGUCGCUCUUGGCUCAACCAUUUAUAGUAUUGGUGGUUGUGAUGAAAUCGAUGGCUAUUACUCUGAGGAAGUCCGUGCCGCCGAUAUGUCAUUGAGACAGCUUAGGUAUGUUGCUCCGAUGACCGCUACGAGGUCGAGCCCUCACGCAGUCACCGCUGAUGACAAGAUCUAUGUCUUUGGCGGUCUCCACGGCGACAGAAAAGGUCCAGAGAUGGAGGUUUUCGACCCGAUCAACAAUAUGUGGGAAAGUAUCACUGCACCUUCACAUCCAAUUAUGUCUCCUGAUUACGAUGAUGGAUUCCUUGUAACUUAUGAUGAAGCAUCAAAAAAACUAACUUGA